AUGGCAAAUGAAGAACAGGACAAUACACAUAUGAGAGAACAGACAACAGCCACCUUCCAACAAACAAAUCUACGUAGUCGCAUCAACAUUCAACAGGCGCAAGAUAUUGUUAUAGUCUGGCUAAAUACAUGCAUUGAUACCACCAGUCCAGACUAUCAGAUUGCAAUCGCACAACUUCAGAAUAUUGUCGAUGAAGUUUACACAUUCACUGACAAUGAUCAAUGCAUUGACUUCAUUCUCAACAAUGACAAGCAGACGAAAAUAUGUCUCAUCAUCUCAGAAUUGCUUGGACCACAUCUUGUGCCGUGUAUACAUGAGAUAUCGCAUAUUGACUCGAUCCUUGUCUUCUGUGACAAUCCAAAUGGACAUGAACAAUGGGCAAAAAAACGAUUCAAAGUGAAAGGUAUUUUUACCGAAAUGACUCAUAUUUGUGAACACAUAAAACACAUCAUUCGUCGAUACGAACUCAAUAUCAUUCCCAUGAGCUUUGUGGCAUAUGGCAAAAGAUUAGAUCGACUCGAUCCAUCAUUUAUGUAUACUCAAAUCAUUAAAGAAAUCCUGUUGACCAUCAGAUUUGAAGAUAAACACAUAAAAGAAUUUGUUGAUUAUUAUUGUAAUAAGUUUGCUGAGAAUGAAAUCGAUCGAAAGAAAGUGAAACAAUUGGAAUAUGAAUAUCAUAAGCACACUCCUAUUUGGUGGUAUACGAGUGAGGGAUUUCCUUAUAGUGUGCUGAACCGUGCAUUGCGGCUGGUGGGUGGUGAAGUGAUUACAUUAAUGGGCUUUUUCAUCAAAGAUCUUCAUCGACACAUUGAAGAACUGCACAGGGAACAGUUUCUUGAUACUUCGAUUGCUGCAUGUCUCACAGUUUAUCGAGGUCAAUAUUUGGCGACCAAAGACUUUGAUGAACUGGUGGCAUCCAGAGGUGGACUAAUGUCAUUCAAUAAUUUCUUGUCAACCAGUCAAAAUCGCCAUGCUUAUCUACUAUUCACUCCAACAAAUAGGAUAAACCGUAGCGUUGUUAGUGUUCUAUUUGUGAUGACAGCAGAUUCGAAACAAUUAACAACACCAUUUGCUUCGGUUCGACAUGUCAGUCAGUAUCCCGAAGAAGAAGAGGUGCUGUUUUCGAUGCAUAGCAUCUUCCGCAUAAACGGUAUCAAGCCAAUGGUAGAAAAUGAAGAAAUGUAUGAAGUGGAGUUAUCGUUGACUAACGACAAUGAUGAAGAAUUGUGUGCACUCACAGAUCAGAUUCGAAAAGAGAGUAUUCCAGACGCAGAAGGAUGGAUGCGAUUGAGUAUCAUGCUUUCGAGCAUAGCACAAUCAGAUAUGGCUGAACGAAUCUGUCGAAAUCUGAUGAAUGAAAACAUGUACGAAGCCGAUGCGAAAGAUAUUUACAAUCAACUGGGAUCGAUCAAAUACCAGCAAGGACAAUAUGAAGAGGCCACAAAGUUAUAUAAGAAAUCACUUGAACUUCGAAUGAAAUCACUUCCUUCCAAUCAUCCUGACGUCGCAUCGUCGUACAACAACAUUGGCUUAGUGUAUUCUGCCAUGGGCGACUAUCCAAAAGCACUUUCAUCGUACGAACAAGUUCGCAAUAUUCAAAUGCAAUCACUUCCUCUCAAUCAUCCAGAUUUAGCUAUAUCCUACAACAACAUUGGUAAUGUUUAUUCCGACACGAAUGAUUAUGCAAAAGCGCUCUCAUUCCAUGAACAAGCUCUAAAAAUUCGACAAGAGUCACUGUCUUCCAACCAUCCUCAUGUAGCAUCAUCCUAUAACAACAUUGGCAAUGCGUAUUUCGACAUGCGCGAUUAUCCAAAAGCACUGGCAUCACAAGAACAGGCUCUCAAAAUUCGAAUGCAAUCACUUCCUCCGAAUCAUCCUGAUAUUGCUUCCUCGUACAACAAUAUUGGCAACAUCCAUUUCGCCAUGAACGACUAUCCAAAAGCACUUGCAUCAUAUGAGCAAGCUCUUAAAAUUCGGCAACAAUCACUUUCUUCCAACCAUCCUGAUGUGGCUCUAUCGUACAACAACAUCGGUAAUGUGUAUUUGCAGAUGAACGAUUAUUCGAGCGCUUCGAUGUUCUAUAACCACGCGCUCAGUAUUGGGCAACAAUGUUUACCUUUGACUCAUCCUCAUCUUCAACUGUAUAAAACAAAUGUGGAAGCUGUACAAAACAAAUUCUAA